AUGCUAACAACACCAAUCCCCCGGCAACUCACAAACCUCACGAAGAAGCCUCCCAAGUCGAACCCUGGUCUUCUUUUUCCUUCCAUCACAGGACUUCCCACCCACAAUCUCCCUUUACCACGCAGUGAGAACGUCUCCUCGCCCAAAAAGACCUGGCCAUUCUCCAACUACCCCGCCCGAGGGAAGAACAACAGCCACUCCGAAGCAAUCCAGCACGGUAGCCUGAGCCUACCCAAGGGGCAGAAUGGUUACCCAAUACCCAAGUCCCGGGAAGAUGCAAACAGCAAAGUGUCUAUCCCCCUGCUCGUCCUGUUGCAAGCACUGUUCCGCGAUGUAACCACCCUAGCAAUGAUCCUGGAUGACAUGAGCAGUCCGCAACUGAUUCUCGUGGUUGUCGAUGGGCCGGAUGCACUACCCGCCCGAAUGGAUGGAACACAGCGGUGGAUGGUGGACCCUGCUUACCGGGACAGGGGUAGGGCGAUGACUGUCGAUCGGAGUUGCCUCAAGAUUCACUGGACUGCUGGGGAGAGAUUAUUUGAUGCGGAUGUCUAUGAGGUGAUUGAGCGGGCGGUUGAGUAUGCGAUUGGUAGUGGUGGUGGUGGUGGUAGAGACUUUGAGAUUCGACCGGUGAGGAUGAGGGGUUUCAAGUUUGGGUGA